AGCCAAUCAGGACACACCUCCUUCCGUACCCUCCCUGUCCCAUAGGCACUAUCAGACAGCUUCAAUGGAAGGAGAGUGCCAGGCAGGAGGCCUGGGAUAAGUUCGAAGAUGAUAAUUACAGCAUGGAUUAUGUACAUUCUUGUCCGGAAAGGUGUAGGACUGCCAUUCCCACAGAAGAUCAGUUCGGACAUUGAGGCUGUGGAAAGUGAGACUGUAUCUGUACUAGAGCAUUGGUUGAAAAAAACAGAAGAGGAGGCUUCUAAGGGCAUUAAGGAGAAGAUGUGCACCAAUGCCACUCCCUCUCAUGGCGAAGACGUGCAUGUGACCCGAGAUGUGGUGAAGCACCAACUCUCAAAGGCUGAUUUGUGUGCAAACUUGAGUCAGGACGUCCUGGAGGAGAGAACCAGAAUCCAGUUCAUAAGAUGGAGCCACACCCGCAUCUUCCAAGUGCCAGGCGAGGUGAUGGGCGAGGUCAUGCAAGAUCGGAUAGAGCAGGUGAGGCGAAGCUUAUCCCACCUGACCUGUGACUCAGCGCAGGACUCGGGUGUCAGAUCUAGCUCAGGUGUCAGAACUUCCUUCACAAGCUGCUAGGAGCACAGCUUGGAACCUUCAAGGUCAGAGGGACAGCCUGUGACAGAGGGAUGUGUGCCUCCAGUUUGACCUGAAGGGUGCAGACCCUGGCCCAGGGACUCCAGAGUGUGAGCCCUGUGGCAGAGGCAGCCCUAGAAUCUUCUUGCCCAACUGCUAAUAAAGAGAUCGCUAUUUGA